AUGGAGACCAUGGAAAUGGAUUCUCUGGAUCAGUUUCUCUCUCAGUUGAUCACGGCAUUUCACAUACUACAUCAACACGAGGUUAUAGACGAGCACGGUCAGAUAUCCGUACGAAAUCCUCGCGAUCCUUCGACCUUCUUCACCAGCAGCCGUCCAGCGAUCCUAGUCUCUUCGAAAAGCGACCUCGAGCAGUGGCACGUCUUCGAUGGCACCCCUGUAAGAAACCCAUACGCCGGCUGUCGCAAAGUCGAGUCCGUCCCGGAACAGUCGGAGCAUUACACACACAGCUCUAUCUACUUCCGAUACCCCGGUGUCCGCAGUAUUAUACACUCGCACUGUAGAGCAGCAAUCAUCUACGGCCUUUGUGACAGCGAAGUCAGCAUGUUACAGCCUAGCUAUCUAAUGGCAGGCUUUUUGGGGCCCUCGCCUCCUAUCUUCGAUCCUUCGAAAUAUUACGACGCUCUACCACCAUCUCAACCACAAAACUUGAUGGUAAACUGUCAGUAUCUUGGUGAUGCCUUGGCAGAGGCGCUUUAUAGAGGCCGGGACGGCGAGAUGAGGUUGGACGGUGUGUCGUCACACGACCUUCCUAGGCACAAGGUCAUCUUCCAGCGUGGUCAUGGCUAUACUGUCUGGGCUGAGAGUGUUGAAGACGCUGUAUGGAGGGCGAUACAUGUCCGUCGCGACGCAGACAUACAAACAGCAGCCGUGAUGCAACGUGCCACGUCCGAGCAGAACAUCGUCUAUCUAUCAGGCAAGGAAGCGGUUGAUUGUGAUAGGACCAUCAACCAUGCAACUUACGAACAGUGGUUGGCAUGGACUGUGGCAGCAGAAAGGUCAGGUCUCUACCGCAACCUUCUCAGACCGACAUAG